UCGGGAGCAGGAUGAGUGAGCACGUAGAGAGGGAGUCAGGCAGACGCACAGCCGAAGUACAGAAAAAGAAGAAUACGCACGUGACACCUAACUAACUUUGGGAGCAGAAUGUCAGUGAAUGCCCCCAGCAGCAGUGAUGCGUGUUUAAACAUCGUUCACAGUCUGAUGUGUCACCGCCAGGGAGGAGAGAAUGAGAGCUUUGCCAAACGUGCCAUUGAAAGCCUGGUGAAGAAACUCAAAGAGAAGAGAGAUGAGCUUGACUCCCUCAUCACUGCGAUCACAACAAAUGGAGUUCAUCCAAGCAAGUGCGUCACCAUACAGAGAACACUGGAUGGGCGUUUGCAGGUGGCUGGACGGAAGGGUUUCCCUCAUGUCAUAUAUGCUCGUCUAUGGCGAUGGCCGGAUCUCCACAAGAAUGAACUGAAGCAUGUCAAGUUUUGUCAGUAUGCAUUUGAUCUGAAGUACGAUAACGUGUGCGUGAACCCCUACCACUAUGAGCGUGUGGUAUCACCUGGAAUUGUGGGGUUCAGUUUGCCAAACACAGGCAGGCUGAUAAAAGAGGAACACAUUCAUGACUGCAUCCAGAUGGAGGGUCCAUCGUGUAUGAACCUACAGCAAGACCACCAUCCACCAGAUCACUACAGCCGCCCGCUUAGACUGCUGUCUCCAGAGCCACCCCAGCGGACCACUCCCUCAGUCACUCUCUACCCCAGCCUGCCCCUCUCCCCACCCUCAAGUGCCUCCAGGUUGUCCAUGCAGGCAGAGUGUUCUGAGGGACUGCUGCAGAACGCCUCGCCUGCGGGUCGGGCCCUGACCUCCAGCUCUCCCCCUUCCACCCCAGCACACAGUCACCCACCCACCAACAGCCAGUCCUCAUCCCAGCAGCCCUCUGUCAGCCAAAGCGACUACAGCAACUCAAAGCACACCCAGACACAAGGCUCAUUCCACACAACAACCUGGACAGGGACCAGCACAGCCUCCUAUACCCCUGCAGGACCACAACAGAAUGGGCGGAGUCAUCAGCAAGCCCCUCCUCCUCAUACCAGCCACUUCUGGUCUCAGCAUCACACACCAGCCUCAUACCCACAGCCAGUCUCCAACCAUCCAGGCCCAGAGUUCUGGUGCUCAAUCUCUUAUUUUGAGAUGGAUGUACAGGUCGGGGAGAUGUUUAAGGUAUUGGCAAACUGCCCUGUGGUGACGGUGGACGGAUACGUGGACCCUUCGGGUGGUGACCGCUUCUGUCUGGGGCAGCUUAGCAAUGUUCACCGGACUGAUGCCAGCGAAAGGGCACGGCUUCACAUUGGUAAAGGUGUUCAGCUAGAGUGCCGUGGGGAGGGGGAUGUGUGGAUGCGUUGCCAUAGUGACCAUGCUGUCUUCGUGCAAAGUUACUACUUGGACAGAGAGGCAGGGAGAGCACCAGGGGAUGCCGUUCACAAGAUCUACCCUGGAGCCCUCAUUAAGGUGUUUGAUCUUCGACAGUGUCACAGGCAGAUGCAGCAGCAAGCAGCGACUGCACAGGCAGCUGCAGCUGCACAGGCUGCAGCAGUGGCUGGGAACAUCCCUGGGCCAGGCAGUGUUGGAGGAAUCGCUCCAGCCAUUAGUCUGUCGGCAGCAGCUGGAAUAGGUGUUGAUGACCUGCGUCGCCUAUGUAUCUUACGUCUGAGUUUUGUAAAGGGCUGGGGACCCGACUACCCUCGGCAGACCAUCAAGCAGACACCAUGCUGGGUAGAAGUUCAUCUGCACCGUGCCCUUCAGCUGCUGGACGAGGUGUUGCACACCAUGCCCCUCGCUGACCCUGGACCUGCCAACUGACCAGCAGACCGAAGAGAGAAGGUGCCGAAGUAUAUACUCCUGUUACAAAAACAGGGACUAAGAGAAAAAAGAGUGGGAGAAAAGAGAAAAGUGCACUACAUACUAAGUCUCUCUCCUAAGAUGUACACCUGCACAGGCAAACAGUGACUCACUGAACCACAUACACAAGCAUUCAUGCCUUUACACACACACACACACACACACAGUCUUUCCACAGCCUUAGCCAGCAAACUGCCUCUGAUCUGACCAGUGUUUAGUGCACUCAUGGGUGCUGUUGACUCUGUUGUCAUGGUAACACAAACCAAAGGCCCCACUGAUGAGGUCACACUAAUGGAUGUCCGAAAGAGGUGAAAGUGAGGGAGGAGGUUAAGAAAAAAGCCUGUACAGCUGAUCAUGUAAUAACAUCCUAGAUUAAUAUCCUACACACACUCUGACUCAAACUGAUUAACCAUAGUUUUCUGAAGGUGGGAACUAAUCUGAUUUCUGAAUAUAAACAGGAUGUCAAAGGGACUAAUCCUUAUUGAAUCAGCUAAACGAGAGGAUAGAAAAAUUUGCCUGCUGUGGAUCAAAAGGUAUCCAUUCUGUACUAUCUGUAUUCAAGAAGCCAGUAUAUUAUUAUCUGACCAAUCUUGAUUGCUAGAAUGGAGACCAAAGAGUCUUAUUUUAAUGAGUGAGACCAAUGAGACUAAUUUUAAUUAAAAUCAACUCAUUAUGAAUGCCUUAAUAAUGAGCAAUUCAGUGAGACAGAGAUAUAGGUUUUGUUCCUUACUUAGGAGCAGGGGCAUAUCAAACAAUAUAAUUAUGAGUGACACAUCUCAACCCUCUUAUACUUAUAAAUGUAAUAUGUUUAAUGACCCUGAUAGUGCCGAACAAUGUGCCAAAAAAGCCUGACACUUUUAUACUGUAUGCAUAAAUAUGAAGUCAUAUUAAAGGGAUAGUUCACCCAAAAAUGAAAAUUCUCUCAUCAUUUACUCACCCUCAUGCCAUCCCAGAUGUGUAUGACUUUCUUUCUUCUGCUGAACAAUAUCUCAGCUAUGUAGGUCCAUACAAUGA